AUAACAAAAAUACGCGUCUGCGUAUAAGUUGUUCCCUCUAUCAGUACAUACUUGAACUAACUAAUUACAUAGUGCAUUCACGUGAUAGUCCACACAACAUUAACCCAAAAAAAGUAAACAAAAUAUUUUUAAACCCCAGAUGAUAGACAUGUUAAGAUAAGAUAGGUGGUACCAAAAUUGUCAGAGAUACAGUAGCACACGAAUAACGACCAUGGCUAUUUGCAUCAGAAAUAUCCGUAUUAACCAAUUAAAAAUAUUAAAUAAAUAUUUUUCCACCAAACCGGAGAAACAAUAUGACAUUGUUGUCGUUGGGGGCGGUAUAGUAGGCGUUGCUUCAGCCAGAGAAAUCCUCCUGAGGUAUCCUAACUUGAAAAUGGCAAUCCUAGAGAAGGAACCAAAAUUGGCGAUGCACCAAAGCGGUCAUAACAGCGGAGUUGUUCAUGCCGGAAUCUAUUAUAAACCAGGUUCUUUGAAAGCUAAAUUAUGUGUGGAAGGAUUGAAAUUGUCUUACAAAUAUUUUGAUGAGAAGAAUAUUCCUCAUAAAAAAGUUGGCAAAUUGAUUGUUGCUACAAAUAGCUUGGAAUUGGAUCGUCUUAUGGAUUUGCACGAGAGAGGGAUGAAAAAUGAAGUUCCUGAUUUGAAAUUGGUUGAUUCCAAGGGCAUUAAAGAGAUAGAACCACAUUGUCGCGGUAUCAAAGCCCUUUGGUCACCUCAAACUGGUAUUGUAGAUUGGGCUUUGGUUACCGAAUACUACGGGAAAGACUUCAAAGCGAGCGGCGGCGAUAUUCACCUUAACUUUGAAGUAACUAAUUUUGAGGAAAGUUCAAAUCGUGAUUAUCCAGUGACUAUUAGAUCUAAGGAUGGAACAAGCGUUUCUGCCAAAAAUGUUUUAACAUGCGGAGGAUUGCAAAGUGAUAAAAUAGCCGAAAUGUCGGGUUGCUCAUCGUCUCCAAAAAUUGUACCUUUCAGGGGCGAAUAUUUGUUGCUGAAUCCUGAAAAGGCGCACAUGAUUAAAGGAAACAUAUAUCCGGUUCCUGAUCCCAGAUUUCCUUUCUUAGGUGUCCACUUCACUCCAAGAAUGGAUGGAAGUGUGUGGCUUGGUCCAAACGCCGUAUUGGCUUUCAAAAGAGAAGGUUACAAUUGGUCUGAUAUAAAUGUAGUUGAAUUGUUCGACGCUUUGAAGUUCAGAGGAUUCCAAAAAAUGGCAUUGAAAUAUGUUGGAGCCGGUAUUAAGGAAAUAGCUCAAUCUGCGUGUAGCCAAUUGCAAGUGAGGGAAUUGCAGAAGUACGUUCCGGAAAUCCAGGCAUCGGAUGUAAGCAAAGGUCCUGCAGGAGUCAGGGCUCAAGCAUUGGAUGACGAAGGAAAUCUGGUCGAAGAUUUUCGGUUCGAUAUGGGUCAGGGUGUGGUUGGAAGUAGGGUUUUGCAUUGCAGGAACGCCCCUUCGCCGGGCGCAACAAGUUCAUUGGCUAUUGCAAAAAUGAUUGCCGAUAAAAUUGCCGAAAAGUUUUUAUAAAUAAAAUAUAUUUAC